UACCAUCUCUCCUCUCCCAGGAAUCGAACCUAUGGGAGACGUGGGAGACUUUCCAGAAGAAUGUACGACGCAAGACCAACAAUGUUCAUCGACAAAACCGAGAAAGCAUGGCAAGAUUCUGACAUCGCCACCGCUGAAUCAAUCCCGCUUGGGAUUGUUUGCACAGAUGGCCGGCAACUUUCACGGAGUUAAGGCGUUGAGGACUUGUGUGUGCCAAUUUCACCACCCAGCUCGCAUCUUCAAAAGCAAUCGUGCGAAUAAUGAAAGGAUGCAAUCGUGAUGGCCUCAGGGCUAGGUCGUAGAUGACAUGCAAACGAAAUGAAAAAAGACACGACCGAGUAACACCUAUUAAGCGGGCCUUACUGGAUUGAGUCCGGUGAAGGAAUUUAUAUGAAGAAAAUCUUUGAAAAAGGCGCACAGAGUAAAUAAUGACAAACUCGGGGAAUACGGAUGGAAUAUGCAUAUAAGACUGAGCAAAGCGGGUAGGGUUGAGAUAGGCCGAGAAGCAUGGAUGCUGAUGCUCCCGAAGGAUUGGAUUCUAUUGUCUCUCUUGCCAUUAAUAGUGACGGAGUAGCUCCAGCUUGUCAAACGGUCAGGAAAAUGAGGCGGCCGCUUUUGAUGAUGUGAAGGGAGGAUGAAAAGAACUUCGGCUCAGGGUUCCUAAUGGAGGCCUCUACUCUCAGCUGCCGAAUCUUUGUCAGCAUGUCUAUGUUUAUGUCUGCUCCCGUCAAAUCAAAACGACCUGGAGGCAUCCCCCAUGAAUAAGAGAUCCGCUUGAUGAACGGCAGCGGCUCAUUUCCCGUGAUUGAACUACGCGAUCUACGUCACAACUUCACAAGGAACGAUAUGGCAAUACUUAUAUCUUGCGCACUUUUACUCUUUCCGAUGCUGAGAUCUGUACAGCAGCUUGAAUUGGUCAGCUUUCAAGCGACACGGGCUCCGACGCGACAAUUUUUCAAACAAUGAGGCUCGAGUACGGCAUACAAUACCUCCCAAGGUCUUUCCUCUGCACCUCAGAGAGUGAUAGGGUGGUCGUCUACUCGUACCUUCGUCAGGAGAAAGAGGAGCAGCUCCAUGUUGAUCUUCACAAGGCCAGCUGGGCGUGGGAUUCUUUCCACGAUGAUCGAGCAGUGUGACCACCGCCCAGGUUUUGUCGGGUUGCCGAGCUCAGACUGGAAUUCAUCGAGGUCACGCUACUACUUUUGACAUUUUAUACGUUCUGCUUCUACUCUAUAUAGCCACUCUUUCUAACUUUAUUCGGUUUUAUGCCACUACUUUUAGCCAUCUUGUUCUUUUUCGGCUCUUUUUCUUUAUAUAUCUAUUAGGUUGUUGGUUAGUUGCUACUUGGAUAUGCUCGUUUUGUUUACUUACUCUCGGCUACAGUAGCGGCGUAGUUGCCAGCACAAAGAAUGGUUUCUCUUCGACGUGAUCCGAAAGAUGACUCGAUAUGAAAGAGGCAAAAUCUUCUCGUGGAGCACGCUGCAGAUGGGUGAUGCUGACUUCAAUACUCCUCCGCAAUGACCGCAAACAAAUGUCUCCCUUGCCUGGAAACUGACACAUGACAACGCACGUGGAUUGUCAUCUGGCACUGCCCUGUCCUUGAUGAGAUUAAUUACAGCACUGGCAACACACCAGAUCUGUAACCUUACGUGUGCGACGAAUAAACCGCUCUCGUACCUGCCUCUCCCCUAUAUACGACCCAUGCUGAGAAUCGUGAAUGGGCGACUGGGCAACUCGGCGGUGACCAAUCACCGCCCCGCACUAGCGUUAGCUGGGCCGGCUGUGUGCGUCUGGUCCAUGCCCCUCUACUACACCUCGGGAGGUCUUGACAAAGAGCAACGAUCUGCUACUGCUCUUCAUACAACACAAUACCACAACUUGCUCUUUGCCCAUAACCACCAAGUAACUAGGAUCCAUUCACGAUAACGCUUUCCCACGAGCUUUCCCCGCCCUCUCCUGAAUUCUGGUUGUUCAGGAAGUAAGCGGGAGACGUUCACCCGCAUAACUCCCUUCUCCACGUCACCGGUCAGCCUGCCUCUGCCAUUCUCGAGUCCAAAUACUCGACAGCUUUGCAGAUUCCCACCAGAGUCUGCCAACUGUUCCGAACCGGAACAGAUUCUUCUCUCGCUUUUUGAAUGCCCCCUUCAUUCGAUCACGACGGAAAUAGUAGUCCAAGUGGUACUUCCCCGCCCCGCAAGUCGACUCAGAAAGGAAAUAUAGGUGGAGGUGCAGCACAAACGAGAAACGGAAAGAAGAAUGGGCAAGCGAAGGAUGUUUCUGGAGGCGGCGUGCUGGCCGCGGUGACCAAAAAUGCCUCCAAGAACUCGUAGGUCUCCCCUCUAUACCUGGGGGCAGUCUGACUCGGUGGGGUCAAACAUCCAGCUGACUGGCCACCCACAGUAGUAAGAAUGCGAAGGUAUUCACAACUCCUCCUUCCACUGAAUCUCCUGAGUUGGCUCCCGUUAUAUCCCCACCAGUUGGUCCCCCCUCGCCUCCAGCGGAAUCCCUAUCUCCGCCAAGUGGAAAUCCUGUCACAUCCCCCCUGCUCGAUGCUCUUUCAUCAGCCGCGAUAGCCCGGUCCUCAACACACAAUACAAACGAAUGGGCAAAGAACGUUCCUGCAUAUUCCAGUUCACCUAGUAAUCUUAUCAAUUUGGGAGAAUCACCACCAACCUUACCUUCAUCGUACGAUGAGAGACUAGCUGGUUUUGGCUGGACAACGAGAGAACAGAGAGGAACCCCGCCGACUGGGCGAAUACCGUCGGCGUCUCCUCCUUCUAGAACUCGUCCUCUGAGUUAUCAUAUGGAUGGGAAUUAUCCGCAGCUCUCUGACGAUAACCGCGCCCAAAUGUCAGCUUAUGCUGCUAGACGAAGCUCCAUGUAUGCCCAACACCCGAGAUUCCCUCAUCCGCAGCACCCCCCACUUCCUCAUCAGGCUCAAGCACAUUUCUACGGUGCGCCAGAUCCAAAUAUUCUUCUCUCGCCGCCUGGUCCUGGUCUUACACCUGGAGAGAGUGGAUAUUAUUGCGGGUUUGAUAGCGUGUCUUCCUCUCCAGAUCCAUCUAAGCCGGCAGAUAAGGUUAUUUUGACUGGUUACGAUGGAGGGAUCAAUAUCCAUACCGUCACAAAGAGAGGAAUCGGUAAACUCUCUACCCUUGACAACCUUCGAGGUGGAGUAUAUGGAGCCAAAAUAAUUCCUAGCAAUGUUUUGGACGGCGUCUCUAAUAAUUUCCCGCUGAUUGUUCUUGUAAUACACGGUCCAGUGUUGAACUCUGGUAGCUCUGUUGAUGGAGACGAUAUUGGAGAUGCAGUGUCGGUUGCUCAGAACGAAAGUGUGAGAGGCUCACCAAAUAUGCACGGCAGACCCAUCCUUGAAAAUGAACCGCUGGAAUACUACCAGACUACAGUAGAAGUGUACUCCUUGGUUACCAAGCAAAACGUGGCGACCCUUUUAUCGCUUCCUCAAACGCCGCUGCCUGUCCCAAGCAAAAGCUCAUUGUUCAAACCCCCUCCGCCAGUUGGAGCGUUAACUAUUCGCGGGGAUGCCGCCAACGUCGUGAUUGCAUCAGGAAAUACUGGAGAAACUUGGAUUUUCCGGCUCCAGCCGAUAGCGAACAGCAAAGCUACUGAAUUUAGAUGCAUCGGAAAAGUAUGGACCGCUGUACAGCAUGGGAUUUCAGUCGAAUCCAAUGGGUUGAAUGGUCUCGCCGAUGGCGAUUGGUACUCUACAGACACCGUGGAACGGAAGCAGUACAAGGCAUCAAUUUUGUCGUUAAGUGGACGGUGGCUUGCUUUUUGCCCUUCUGCACCCUCUUCUCAAGUUUCCUUGCGCGCUGUCGUACCCGGCAUUUCGCCUCACACGAAAGUUCCUGGCCUCCUUUCCCAGGCUCCUCCACAGCUGCCAUCUGUAAAUUGUACAGUAGAGACACCUGGAGGUGAGAGUAUGGUAAAGCAGAUUAUGCAAGCUGGGACACAGGCUUUGAUCGAAGGAACGUCUUAUAUCGGGAAGCACAUUGGAAAGCAAGGUGCCAAUGUUUGGAAUUCCUACUGGAACAGAACCUUAACAAAUCAGCCAACGAAUGGUGGGAUCCCUUAUCAAACCCAGCCAAAUACUGCCUUUCCUCCCACACAUGGUGCACCGACACAAGCUCCACCUGUUGCCAAAGACCCAGGGUUGGUGUCAAUUCUGGAUCUAGAGUUCCUCGCCCAUCAUUCCUCGUUCUCCGCGUCACCUCACCCGCUUGCAACAUUUAAAAUCCCACAUGGGUGCAGUUUUCUGUCAUUCGCUCCUAGUGGUCUAGCACUCUUUACAGCUAGCAGCAAAGGGGACAUCCAAAAUGUGUGGGAUCUCAUGCGGAUCCAAUACUCGAAGUCUUCAUUCCUCAAGGGGAACUACCAAGGUUCGGAUGUCAGAGGACCUCAUGUGAGGCAAAUUGCCCAGUUCUCGAGAAUGACCAUUGCGAGAAUCGUCGAUGUAGUUUGGGCCUCACCUCAUGGGGAACGCGCUGUCAUGGUCACAGAACCUGGAACGGUUCAUAUUCUUGAUCUUCCGGCCAGUGCGUUUACGUGGCCUCCACCGCGUCGUAGGAUGGCACCUCCAAAAUCAGAAGGGGAAACUGCAAGUACUGGUUUUACUGCUUCUGGUGUAGCUACCAAUGCGGUCAAUUCUCUUUGGACUGCUGCGCGACCACUUGUUUCUCGCCCGCGUCGAAGCAGUGCUAGUAUGUCUGCGAAAACUGUCACUGCACACGCUGGACAUGGAACACAGGCACUUGCCGCUGGGAUCAGUCGCUCGGUCGGGGCAGCAACUGGUAGAAUGAACGAAAUGCGAAAGGCAGGAAGCACAAAGUUGCAUCUUCCACGCAGCACAACGAUCCCUAGCAGAUGUUGUGUUAUUUUGUUGAAUCGAAAACAGAAUGAUUCCGUAAUUGUGGUCGCUGGUGGUAUAGUCAGACUAUACACUAUCAAGAAUAGAAGAGCAGAUCGACCUGCAGACAAACAAAAAGCUUCUCGGGGAGCCAAGUAUGUCGAAUUCCGUCUCCCUUCAUUGCCGUUCCCCGAUUACAGUCGCGGACCAGAGGCCCUGCGAGACUUGAAUCAAGCUAGCGACCUUGAGCUCACCGAAGGAGACACUGUCGAACGUCAGUGGAAGUCGAAGAAAGUUGUCUCGGAAAGCUAUCGGGGAACAGAGUCUUCCAUCCCACAGGCCGAGAUCGAGUCAAACGCACCAUACCAACCAUUUCAUACAGAUAGACGUGUGGCUAUGUUUAUAUACUCCGAUAUCGAUGCAUCGGGCUUUACGCCAUCUGUUUCUGCAUUGCUCCCAAGUGAUGCAGAACCAAAGCAAACAGCAAAACCUCAAGCACCUUGGGCAUUUGGCCGUCCUAUAAACACCAUGAAAUUAGAUGUCGGACCAGCUCAAGUCAUGGACGACGACUUGGAUUCGAUGGUAGAGGAUCUUCGUGCGCUUCCAACGUCGGCUAUCGAAAGAAUAUUGAGGGUGAAGGAUAGCAACGAAGAUAUUGAGCAGAUUGUAGUGACCACUCGGAGACGCAAGGGUGCCGCUCGCACUGGAAACAACGAUCUGGCCGAUGCAGACGAGGAGGGAUUCUUCGAAGAUGAUUGCGAGGUUCUGGACUUUGCUACUCAACGAGUCUAAUCGCCAUCCUUGGUGUACAUACACUCUCUACUGGUUCUAGAGCAAUUUAACAUUGCUCUUGGUGCUUCAAGCCUGCGUUUAGUCCCCUUUCUGAUACACCUCUCAUCCUGCGAGGGGAUUGCAUGGCCGCUUUGACGGGCUCGUUUGCUUGGUUCCUUGUCUUUAUGACAAAGCUAGCACUAUACAUCACUACUCGUUUUAUGAACGAGAUAUUAUACAUAAUGAGAUUAGGGGAUUUUUUCUUUCUUGUUUUACUGGAGUUUGGAUAUAGAGGAGAUGGGGGAUUCGCCCGGGGCUUUCGGGUUUUCGUUUGGGUUUGGGUUAUGGGUGGGGCAUAGUCAUAGGAUACUGAUAGCAUGGGUCGAUUGAUUGAGUGGGUUCGUACGUAACAUAGUUGACUGGGACACCAUUAAAUCCAAUAAAGAGGAACUUUUUUUUUUUGAAUUAAGUCGAGGUCAUGAUUUUGGUUGUCUCUUUUGUUAGGGGAAUGGGUGAUGCGAGGGUG